GGAGGGGCCGGGCCCGUCCGAGCCGGCGGCCGCGGCGGGCUGCUCCGAGGGCGAACCAGCUGAAAAUGUCUCAGAACCCUGACAAGCUAAAUUCGAGUGAAGAAAAGCUGAGUGGUUUGGAGGAUGAUCAGGAAGAGAACUUGGACAACUUGGAUCAGUCUGUCCAAAAGAGAAUACGACAGAGUGCUCCAGGGUCACACAGAGAUGAUACACCAAAGUCCAGUCCCUCUCGGCCUGUGUCAAUAGAAGAGCUCAUGGAGACAGCAAAGGGAGUCACCAACAUGGCACUGGCACACGAAAUUGUGGUGAAUGGAGACUUCCAGAUAAAACCAGCUGAAUUGCCAGAACACAGCUUAGAGAAGAAAGUCAGAGAUAUUGUGCAUAAAGCCUUCUGGGAUUGUCUGGAAGCUCAGCUAAAGGAAGACCCCCCGACAUAUGAUCAUGCAAUUAAGCUAUUGGGAGAAAUUAAAGAGAGUCUUCUGUCUUUCUUGCUGCCUGGUCAUACUAGACUGAGAAGCCAGAUUACAGAAGUUCUUGACCUGGAUUUGAUAAAACAGGAGGCAGAGAAUGGGGCCCUUGACAUUUCUAAGUUGGUCAAAUUUGUUAUUGGGAUGAUGGGGACUCUCUGUGCUCCAGCUCGAGAUGAAGACAUCAAGAAACUGAAAGAUAUUCAUGAAAUAGUUCCUCUUUUCAGAGCAAUUUUCUCUGUAUUAGACCUAAUGAAAAUGGAUAUGGCAAACUUCGCUGUCAGUAGUAUUAGGCCAAAAUUAAUGCAGCAGUCUGCUGAAUAUGAAAGAAAGAAGUUUCAGGAGUUUCUUGAGAAACAGCCAAAUUCUUUAGACCUUGUCACAAAGUGGUUGCGAGAAGCAGCAGAUGAUCUUGCAAAGCUGGGACAUGAAAUGUCGCCUCCCCACUCUAGUGAUGGUGCCGCUGGUGGAGCUUCUGCCUUGUGCUUCACUGCUGUACAAAAUCGGGCCUAUCUGAAGCUCCUGAAGUGGGAUCACAUGAACAGGCCUUUUCCAGAAACGGUGCUCAUGGACCAGACGCGCUUCCUGGAGAUCCAGCUGGAGCUGGAGCAGCUGCUCGUGGUGGGGACAGUGCUGCUGGUGACAUUCAGCGCGGCAGGCCCGGCGCUCAUCGAUGUGCCUGGAUUCGCUGAGAAAAUCAAAAGCAUCGUCAAGGUGCUGCUGACGGGAAUGCAUCUCCCCUCCUUUAACCUGAAGGAAUCCCUGGCCACCGUGGGUGAGAAGGUGUGUGCUGAAGUGAACAGCUGCCUUUGCCAGCAUGGCUUUACCCCGUUCUCAGCUGAGAGAGAGGCUGUGCUGAAGGGACAGAUCCAGGCGGUGGCCAGCCCGGAUAACUCCAUCUGCAAGCUCAUAGAUUCUCGAAUUCAAAAGUUUCUGGAGAAUUAUCUUGCAUCCAGUCACCAGAAAUCAUUGCCUGCCAUUCCUGGAGGAUUAGGCCCUAUUCAGAGGGAGCUGGAGGAGAUUGCUGCCAAGUACAUUCGCCUUGUCAACUACAACAGAAUGGUCUUCAGCCCUUACUAUGAUGCAGUCCUUGGCAAAAUACUGACUAAGGAGGAAUCCCAAAUUGUAGGGAAGUCAGAAGAAUCAUAAAACCAGUCUGUGUGCUACCAAUACAGUAUUGUCAGCUAUUAAAUAAAACUUGUACCAAUAUUUGUCUAGGAAAACAGCUUUCCGUGUAAAUACUGGUUCCUUUUAACCCAUGAGUGGUGACUGCUGAGGGAAACACAGGAGAUGCUAAAAGGGUUCUGAGGUAAAAGAUGAGGGAUGCAUUUCUAAAAUCCUUAUGCAACCUUGGGGGGUAUCAUGGGAAUUUCCUGGCUGCAGUUUUUAGAUUUUUGAGCUGAUGAUAGGUAGGGCAAGUUUAACAACCAAACUUUGUAUUUAAGUGGCUCAUUUCAGGGCAUUUAACUCUUAAUUUACAGUGAAAUUAGUUUAAUUUAUCCAGAGCUGAUUAGCAAUGGUUCUUCCCAGAAGGGGUGAUUUGGUUUUUUAAAAAAAUCUUUAAAGAAUUAAUAAAGCUAAAAUUCUAAAGAGCUUGACCAGACAGAACACCAAGCCAAGCAGCACUUUACUGUAACAUUAUGGUGAGUAUGGUAGGCUUACUAGUUUUUUCUGUAUUUUACUGCAUUUUUAAUAACAUUUUUUUGCUGUUUACUUGCAGAUGUUACGAAACAUGAUAUAUUUUUGUAGCAAAUUUUCUGGUUAUUUGGUAACUGUCUUCUGCAAUGUACAGUACUCCCAGAAGUGGCAAUCUUAUAGAUUGCAGCUGUAUUUAUAUCUUGUAAAGAUUUCAGAAAGGGCAGAGCUAAAAUGUUUUGAUAAAAGUGGCAUUUCUUACCUUUUUUUUUUUUUGCUAGUAAUUUAAUCCUUUUUAGGUGAAAUACUAAUUUUAAAGUAAAUUGUCUUUUGCAGAAGGUGAAUUUUAAGUGUGUGAAAGUUCAGGUUGAAAAUUUGUUUUUUUUUUUAAAAAAACUACAACAGGAUUCAAUCAUGUCUUCAAAAAUUAUCUGGGAAGUGCAGAGCACUGUGGGCAGUAUAAGUGAUCUUAAUGUACUGUGCAAGGUGAAUGGUUUGAUAUUAGUUUGAAUAUACAGGGAAUAUUUGAGUAGAUUUUUUUUCAUUUUGUAGAGGUGUUCUUGAAACUUAGAAUGUUUGUAGGUCUUGAAUUUAAUGAGCUACAGGUUGUACAGAGGAGAAGAGCCCAGUGAUCUUACAUUGCAGUCUCAGGCUCAGCCGGGAGGUAAGUGAAAUUUUCCUCUGCUUGAGCACAACAGUGUAUUACAGUAAUCAAUAUUUGAUGGUUUUAUGAAAGCAAAGUUUGUUGUUACACACAGUAAGUGGCCCAAGUAUGAGGUCGUCCCCAAACCGGAACGUGCUGUCUUUAAAAAAACAACCAGCAAGGUAUGUGGAAUAAAUAUAUAAAGGGGCCCUUGUAUUGCCAACAGGCAGGUUAAUUUAGGAAUCAGCCAAAGAAACAGAACUUGUAGAAGCACUUGAUUAUGAUCCACUGCUUGAUGCUUCCCUUUCGUUUCCUUUAAAUGUCAGUGGGGAUAAAGCUGCACCAACUUUGUGUUUGGAGGGGGAUGGAAGAAAUAAUACCUUUUUUUUCUAUAUUAGCCUAUGCAACUCUAAACCAAAUCUUAUCUCAUUCAUUACAAACCCCCUUCCCCAAGGGAAAACCCCAGCAAAGCCCUGUGAGAAUUCAUCAGCUCAGACAAGUGAUUUUUCUCUUGGCCAAAUGUACUCAUCUAGCAAAAUGAAUGUGUCUUUGAAUCCGUCUUUGAGAACUCAAAAAUGAGGUUGGUUAGCCAGAAAAGGAGGGUUCUGAGUAGGAUCUAUUUCAUUGUUUGGAUCAGCAAAGGGUUCUGCAGAGUCUUCAAGGCUGCUUCCUCAGCUUGCUGGGCUUUGCUAUUAGAGCAGGCUCUGCCUCACAACCCAGCCUAAAGCUCUGCAGCUGCAAAACUCCCCGAGCCUGUGCUGAAUGAGCUGCCAGAGCCAUCUCUGCUGGAGAUGGCAACAAGAGAGAGAAGCAAGGCACAGCUGUUUCCAGUUCUGUUAAAUGAGAGCGGCACAAGUUAGAAAUUGCUGCUGCUGUUUUAACUUUCAGUACAGCCUAGGAGCUGUCUUUAGAGGUAAUUACGCUGACUACACUGAGUUAGAGAGGCACAGGACGAUCUUGAGGGUGUGGGGAGGAAGGUCAUGGCGAGACAGGUACCUAGAAAAGCCCUGGAAAGGUGUGUGACUGAAGGCACAGUGAAGGGCACUGCUUUAGCAAUGGAUAAAAUCCUAAUUGAGGAGUUGGCUUCUCCCAGGACUGGCAUUCAGGGUUCAGGGCCCAUGAGGGCCUGCUUCUGAUGUGGCAGCAGCCACUAGGGUCCACACAGGGAAUCCCAUCUCUCCUCACAAAAGGGCUUUGAUUCUUCAUGUAGCAGAAAAAUCCUAGAGGUAGGGAACAGAGUGCAGUACUCACCUGUGGCUGCACUCUCACCUCCAAGGCCCACACAGAGGGAACAAACGCUCCUGCUGGGGGUCUUUCAACAGGAAAGAUCGAAAGGGAGUGCAAAAAAAUGCCCACAAAGCAUGGUAAUGAUUCUCCCAGGUUGUUCUUUUUAAGGAGAGUGUUCGACAAACACUUUGUAAGAAGUGUUUAAAAAGUGUUCUCUUUAAAAGAAAUAGGGGAGAUGCAAUUGAGUGGCAAAGCAAGGACAUUCCAGGAUGGCUAAGGCCAGCCCCCAUCUCCCUGCGCAGGGGCUGCUUUGCCCCUUGCCCUGGCGGAGAGGUGCUGGGAAUUCCAGGCUGGGAAUGUCUUUCAUUUGCCCCAGGCCCUGACUGUCCCAUAGUACAAGGGGUUCUUAGGAUCUUAUCAGAGCGCAAUACCAAACAGCCCAACUCCAAGUUAAAAGCUGAAGUACGCAUAGAAACUGCUUGGAAAGCUCACACGGUGUUUUUUUUAGCUUGUUUGAAGAUAACAAGUGCAACGAUGUAGCUGAUUAUUAACAUUUAGCUUUGUACAUUACCUGGAAGACCGGUGCGGGUAUCCGGGACCAGGCUCUGCGAGCCAGUGCUCCUGGAUUACCCACACUGAACUGAAAUAGUCUCACGGACGCCGUCUUCUUCAAAUAGUUCUGGAAUUACAAGCCAAAGUGUGCUGUAUCCUCUAGAAAAUGGAAACCAAGCUCAUUCUAAUAUGUAUGCUCUGAUCAGUUUCCUGUGACGGUAUAAUUAGCGUUGCUUUUGAAGUGGCUGAAUAAUAUUUAAGAAGUACUUUCUUGUGUUUGAAUAAAACCAGAAUGAGGCAUGA